AAUCACCUCAAAUGCAGCCAUUGGUGGCCAAUGCGGGCGUUAUAAAUGGAGGUCGAUUUGAUUUCGACGACGGCGGCACUUAUUGUGGCGGAUGGCACGACGGCAAAGCUCAUGGACACGGCAUCUGUACCGGACCUAAAGGACAGGGAGAAUAUUCUGGGUCGUGGCACUAUGGCUUCGAAGUGAGUGGUGUCUAUAAGUGGCCAUCCGGUGCAACCUUUGAGGGCCAGUGGCAAAACGGCAAACGACACGGCAUUGGUGUAGAAUAUAGAGGCAAAUGGGUCUACAAAGGAGAGUGGACUCAAGGCUUUAAAGGACGAUAUGGUGUGAGAGCCAGUCUCUUAUCUACAGCCAGAUAUGAGGGCACGUGGGCUAAUGGUCUUCAAGAUGGUUAUGGAUCCGAAACAUAUGCUGAUGGGGGCACUUAUCAGGGUCAAUGGUUGAGAGGAAUGAGACACGGAUAUGGAGUGCGAUCGUCGGCGCCUUACGGUCACUGCAAUAUCACAAAAGCG